UUCUCUCUGUGGUUUCGUGAAGAAGCCAACAUGGCGGCUCACAGACUGGCAUAUUUUGGUUUUAAUGCCCUUUCUUUCACGGUCGGCGCUCCGACGCAGGUAUUUAAGAGCUGCUGGGGAACUGUGGAGCAGGUGAGAGGCAAAUAUGUUGACUGGAGAAUGCUGCGAGAUGUGAAGAGAAGACAGAUGGCCUUUGAAUAUGCUGAUGAGAGGUUGCGGAUCAAUGCACUAAGGAAGAAUACAAUAUUACCCAAACAACUUCAGGAGCUUGCUGAUCAAGAGAUCGCCGCACUGCCUAGAGACAGCUGCCCUGUGAGAAUACGCAACCGAUGUGUGAUGACUUCACGACCCCGCGGAGUGGUGCACAGGUGGCGACUCAGCCGUAUUGUCUUCCGUGAUCUAGCUGACCACAACCAAAUGUCUGGGAUUCUUCGAGCUCGGUGGUAACUAGGCGUAAAUUGGAUGGUCCAGAUGGAUUACGUACAAUCAUAUGAGUCAUUUUCACUGCCUGCGAUCUAAAGGGCGAAACAUCAACUCUGUGGCUUUCAUUCAACUUGGAAAAUAACUCCUGCUCCAUCACUGCAUAAAUUGUGAGAGUAAGAUUUGCAGCAGCCUUUCAGCUGGUUGUAUUUUCUUUAUUUUGAAAAUUUGCAAUCUGUGUUCUUCUCGAUGGUAUUUAUCAAAGUGUUUGAGUUAGAUUUUGAAAUGGCCCCAUUAAACUUCACAAUGUCCAUUAAUACGUGGCUAUGGGUAUGAGAUUGUUCCAUAAAUGCCCAGCAGUAGUACUGAGUGCAGGGUGCUCUGAGCGAUUCCGACACAACCUGACCUCGUAGGUAUUCAUUUUUUGUUUUUUGUUUUUUUCCAGCAGCACCACAAGUAUUAAUUUGCUCACAGCAACAGCCAAGUCAACGUGGACACAAGCAGGAUGUGCUCGUUAAAUGUGACUAGUGGAGGAAAUGUUUGGGAAAAAUUAUAAUUCUUCACAGAAGAUAGCUUUUAUUUGUUCACAGAAUUUAUUAUUUACUUUAUAGUGAUUCUAAAAGUUUGUGCCACCUCCCCCUGGUGGGCUCUAGUGGUACUGCAUUUGGGCUGUGAGGUCAUUAAAAAUACAUCUCUUAAAACAAUAUUUUGGAUUAUUUUGAAGAUGUCAUCAGAAGUAGUAAAAGAAGGCCAUGAUAUUUAAAAUAUGUGUAUUCAUCAUUCAUUUUAACUAGUUUAACAUGAUAUAUGUGGAAAAAACAUCUUAGUCUUGUGCUGAUAAAACUGAUUAAAUAUGUUGGGCUGCAUAAGACUUUCAGAUGCUAAAGUGCAUGUGGCAUUGUUGUUUGUGUACAGUUGGUUUAGUGCAUUACUGUACCUACUGUAUGUAGGAUAUAUGCAGAGCUUACAUAGUGGUAUUCCAUAUGUGGAUGUCAAAAUUUAUUCCUGCCAUUGCUGACGUCUCCAUUGCAUCUCUGGUAAUUAAGUACUGCAAUACAUUAAUACUACUAGGUUCUGUCUUCACAGCUCAGUGUUGGAGCGCCACCCUCUGUGCUACCACUGGAAUUGUCUUCGGCUUGUUGCCAUGACCACUUGAGAUAAAUGAAUUUAGUAAUUUGUUCCUGUAGCCACAUCCUUUCCAUAAUAUUGACCAAUGAUAGUGUAACUGCAUGAAGGAAUGUACACAUAACUUCUUCAGAAAUGCAGAAAUAAAUAUUUAUGUACUUACUAAUCUGUUUAAAGUUUGUCUAUUAUGGAAUGUUUAAAAUUGUUGCAUGGUGUGGCAA